AUGCCUUCCAUCGCUCUCCCGAAUGGCUCUCUAUGGGGAUCCAUAACUGCUGUGAGUGAGGCAUUGGUGCAAGUGAGAUUCCCGUUCCUGCUGCUCUGGCUGCAGGUGUCUUUGAUGUGUUGUAAGUGGUCCCAGAUUGCGUACUCCCAAAGCCAGCAUCUCCCAGAAGUAAUAAUUCCCUUGAAGAUCACAGACUCUGGCAAUGAUAUAAAGUCUUCAGACUGGAUCUCUUAUAGCCUGAAGUUGGGGGGCCAGAGAUACGUUGUCCGUUUGAAGGUCAUCAAGCAUUUGUUGGCUAGGCACAUGCCAGUGUUCACCUACACGGACCAGGGAGCUCUCCGUAAGGACUAUCCUUUCAUCCAGGAUAACUGCUACUAUUACGGUUAUGUGGAAGGGGACCCCAAAUCUCAGGUUUCCAUAAAUAAUUGUUUCGGGGGCUUUCAUGGAAUUAUACAGAUAGACACCACUAUUUAUAAAAUUGAGCCCCAAAUGCAUUCAACCACAUUUGAACAUGUGGUCUAUAUGCUCAACAGUGAGGAGAAAGAAUUACAACCCAAGAAAUGUGGAUUAACAGAUGAUGAAAUUCAACAACAACUCAAGGUUUUAAACAGUGCCGAUUUGUCCACUUCAGCUCAGAGUAACACAGGUUGGUGGACCCACAAGCAGUAUCUUGAACUGGGAGUAGUGGUUGAUAAGAAUCGGUAUCUUCACCAUAGCAGUAAUGCCACAAAAGUGCAAUUUGAAGUAUCUCUUAUAGUCAAUGUGGUCAAAUUUAUUUUUGAACAAUUAAAUAUUGAUCUCUCUUUGAAGGGAAUUGAAAUCUGGACUCAAGAAAAUUUUGUUGCAACAGAUACCAUGGAAGGCCUCCUGGAAAAUUUUUGUGCCUGGAAGAGACUGCAUUUUAAUGAUCGCUUGCCCCAUGAUAUUGCUCACUUUUUUGUCAAGGCAUCAUAUGGUGACACUUUUGGUUUAGCUUAUGUGGGAACAGUUUGUAAUAAAUUAAAUAAUUGUGGAGUUAGUAGUUUCAUGAACGAUGACAUUAUUGAGGUCGGAAAUGUAAUGUCACACGAGUUGGGUCAUAAUUUGGGUAUGGGUCAUGAUGGACAGAAUUGUGCGUGUGGGCAACAGUAUUGCAUAAUGCACCCAUCAAAAGUUGAUGCAACUAGAUUCAGCAACUGCAGUUACAGUCAGUAUUUAAGGACCUUUGAGGGCACAGAUUGUUUGGAACACCCAUUAGUUUUGGAGAAAACCUUCAAGGAGAAACACUGUGGGAAUGGUGUGAUUGAAAAAGGAGAAGAGUGUGAUUGUGGCUCCGUCAAUUCAUGUGCAGAAGAUCCUUGCUGUGAGGCAAAUUGCACACUGAAGCACGGGGCUCUUUGUGCUGUUGGGCUUUGCUGCAAGGACUGCAAGAUUUUGCCAGCGGGUACAUUGUGUAGAAAAGAAGAAAAUGAAUGUGAUCUUCCAGAGUGGUGCAAUGGGAAAACCUCUCGGUGUCCAGAGGAUGUGUAUGUGCAGGACGGGAUGCCAUGCAAGGGCGGUGGACACUGUUAUGAGAAGAGAUGCAACAACCGUGAUGCACAAUGCAGAAGCAUUUUUGGCAACGAGGCCAGGAGCGCAACUCUCAAGUGCUACAGAGAUGUGAAUAUUCAAGGGGAUCGUUUCGGUCACUGUAGUUUUAACGACACAACUUAUACCCAGUGCCAGCUCAAGGAUUCUCUGUGUGGAAGGAUUCAGUGUGAGAAUGUGGGAGAAAUCCCUCUUCUGCAACAUCACAGGACUUUGAUUUCAACGAAUAUCAGUGGCCACAGCUGCUGGAGUACGGACUACCAUGUUGGCAUGAGCAUACCUGAUAUUGGUGACGUGAAAGACGGCACAGAAUGUGGAGAAAAUCAUAUUUGUUUGAAACAGAAGUGUGUUCCAAUGCCAGACUUCGAAAGAUACUGUUCACCUCUGACCUGCAAUAUGAGUGGAAUUUGCAAUAAUAGAAAUCACUGCCAUUGCAAUGCCCAACGACGCCCACCUUAUUGCCAUGCCGAAGGUUUUGGAGGUAGUAUUGAUAGUGGCCCAGCACCUAGGAAAUUUUCUAGCAACAAUCAAUAUACAACAGGACUCUUUCAUUAUUGGUUUCUUAUGACAGGAGUCCGUUUCUUCAUAUUUAUAUUGAUUCUCCUUUUUAUCAUAGCAAAAGCGAAUAAUGAAAACUGA